AUGAAGGUCUCGUCGUCCGCCAUUUUGCUUCUCGCGUUCUUGUCCACUGCUGCCUUUGCCAAGCAAGACCAGUAUGACGAACAGGCCGUUGCUCCUGCACCCACGGCUGGCCAAGGCGCCAUGCCGGCAUCCUCCUCAGAUGCAGCAUCCUCUCCUGUAGCUGACACUGCCGCCCCUACCGGUACCGCCGGCCACUCUUCAUCCGCAGCUUCAUCGGCUGCUCCUACAUCGGGUCCUUCUAGUGCCGCUCCAGCUAAUCUUUCGUCUGCGAGCAACAGUGCUUCGUCCGCAGGCGCAUCCUCUGCAGGCUAUGGUGGUAGCAGACACAGUCCUACAUCCAUGGGCGGCAGUAAGCCCACUCACCGCUCCAGCACAUCUCUCAACCGAUCCGACGCCACCGCUUUGAGUGCUGGAAACGCACUUGCCCUCACUGGUGCCACUGUUGCUGUUGGUUUGAGCUUGUUCCAGCUCUUCUAA